AAAACUUGAUGGUAACAUAUAUCUAUAUCCUUUUCCUAAGAGUUAGUUAUAACUUUUAAUAUGAUAUAACGUUUAGUUAUGUUAUAUAUAUAACAAAAAAAAAAGACGACCGAACCUGAUAUCGUUCAAUUGCUCAGUUCCGUUGAUUGUGACCGGUGCGACGAACGGAACCGAACAAUGGAAGAACCCUUUUGUGAUGGUGAUUGGGUCGAUAGAUCAUUCCUAUAUAUUAAAAAAAAAAUUUUGUUUAAUUAAAAUCAAAAUUUACCCUCGAGAAUUCACACAUGCAUAUCACCGUGGUUUAAUAUAUGUCUUGACAGAUCACAUUAUUAUUACAAACGACUAACAAUAAUUCAUCAUCAAAAAUAUAUUAUUCUUUGAAAUAACUCUUUGGUCACCAUCAUGCAUAUUUUCAUACUAGGAGACAACAAAAGUGACAAAUAUGUCAUGUUUUCCCAAAUACUAUCAGAACUCUUAGAAUAAGAAAUAUACUCAGAGUUGGUGUAAUUCUUUAUUAUUUUUUCACUGGUUAGUUCAUUAUCUAUCUCCUCUCUGCUCCCUCUAUCUCUCUAAGCAUGCUACACUUGGGACUUAACUUAGCUUUCUAUAUAAACACUUGCAAACACAUCCUCCUAGUGUCAACCACAUUCCAUAGCCAUCUCUCUCUCCCUCUCUCACUCACUCUCUCUUUCUCUCUGGUUUGUUUCAAAACAGAGUACAAAACAGAGAAAACAAGAGAAGAAAACAGAUUGAUCUGUUUUUAAAACAGAGCAGAUAACAGAGUGAGAUGGGAACAAUGAUGGUGAUGAUGGGUCUUCUCUUUAUCAUUGUCUCGCUCUGUUCCGCUCUUCUUCGAUGGAAUCAGAUGCGAUAUACCAAGAAUGGUCUCCCUCCUGGAACCAUGGGCUGGCCAAUCUUUGGUGAAACCACCGAGUUUUUCAAACACGGCCCCAACUUCAUGAGAAACCAAAGACUCCGAUAUGGGAAUUUUUUCAAAUCUCAUCUUCUUGGUUGUCCAACGUUAGUCUCGAUGGACUCAGAAGUAAACAGAUACAUUUUAAAGAACGAAUCAAAAGGUUUGGUUCCUGGUUACCCACAAUCCAUGCUUGAUAUUCUCGGAACUUGCAACAUGGCUGCGGUUCACGGUUCGAGCCACCGGCUUAUGAGAGGUUCACUUCUCUCUCUUAUAAGCUCGACCAUGAUGAGAGAUCAUAUCUUGCCUAAAGUUGAUCACUUCAUGAGAAGCUAUCUUGGUCAGUGGAAUGAGCUUGAGGUUAUUGAUAUCCAGGAUAAGACCAAACAUAUGGCAUUUUUAUCUUCACUGACACAAAUCGCUGGGAAUUUAAGAAAACCAUUCAUUGAGGAAUUCAAAACUGCGUUCUUCAAGCUUGUUGUUGGAACUUUAUCGGUUCCGAUCGAUCUUCCCGGCACAAAUUAUCGUUGCGGGAUCCAAGCAAGAAAGAACAUUGAUCGGUUUCUAAGAGAGCUGAUGCAAGAACGUAGAGAUUCUGGAGAAACAUUCACAGACAUGUUAGGUUACUUGAUGAAGAAGGAAGAUAACCGAUACCCAUUAACCGAUGAAGAGAUAAGAGACCAAGUCGUGACGAUUUUGUAUUCGGGUUACGAAACUGUCUCUACGACCUCAAUGAUGGCUCUUAAGUACCUUCAUGAUCACCCAAAAGCUCUUCUAGAACUCAGAACAGAGCAUUUGGCUUUAAGGGAAAGUAAACGACCAGACGAACCACUUGGUCUUGAGGAUGUAAAGUCAAUGAAGUUCACUAGAGCUGUUAUUUUUGAGACAUCAAGAUUGGCAACGAUCGUUAAUGGGGUCCUAAGGAAAACUACUCGUGACUUAGAAAUCAAUGGUUAUUUAAUCCCAAAAGGAUGGAGAAUUUAUGUAUACACGAGGGAAAUUAAUUACGAUGCAAAUCUAUAUGAAAACCCAUUGAUCUUUAAUCCAUGGAGAUGGAUGAAGAAGAGCUUGGAGUCACAAAACUCAUGCUUUGUGUUUGGAGGUGGGACAAGGCUUUGUCCUGGUAAGGAACUAGGGAUUGUCGAGAUCUCGAGCUUCCUCCAUUACUUUGUUACGAGAUACAGAUGGGAGGAAAUAGGAGGGGAUGAAUUAAUGGUGUUUCCAAGAGUUUUUGCACCAAAAGGCUUCCAUCUUAGGAUUUCACCCUACUAAUUUUAACUUUUUAAAAUGAAUAAAUAAAAAUUUAGAAAAUAAUAUAGAUUUUAUGCACAAAGGUUACAGAAGACGUAUAUGAAGCAACAAAAGAAGAUAAUUAUAUAUAUUUUUCUUUCUUUUUGACCCAUAUUUUUGUUCUCAUUUAAGAGUCUUCUGGUCAUAUGUACAUAACCAUAAGCAGUUUUAUUAUAUCUAUUUCUCUGUAACUCUAUUUGAACUUGAAGUAUAUCUCUGGCUAA